AUGUUGAAGUGGCGCAUAGCUUUGCUCAUAGCGUCGUUUGGGGGAUGGGGGGUUGUGGGACAAUCUGAGAACUUGACACCGUCUACUACAACGACGAACAAUGCUUCACCUAUCACAGCUCCAGCUUCGUCCAUUACUAAGGACCCAUUUGUUGGGUUCGUUAUUGUGUCAGCGACAACUAAGCCGAUAUACUGUCCCGAUGGCCAGAUAUUCACCACAUCCUCCAAAUACGCAGGAUGCUGCGCUUCGACGGCCUCCUCUUGUGCUUUUGCUACGGGCUGCGAGGACAAUGCCAUGAUAUAUUCCAAAGGCGUGACCUCUAACUGCGGCCCUAUGAAUUGUCAAACACGCCAAAUAUUCCCGACGUACGGAAUCGGCGAUCCGGCUCUCAUGCCUCUCUGCGCCAGUUCCGGUGAAGUAAAUCUGCUAUAUCGGACAGUGCCGACGACUUCAAGGCUAGCCUUGCCUCUUACGGCCGCCGACACAACCGGCGCGUUAGCGACACGCCCACCGAUGAUGGUUUCAGUUAUGAACGAAGGGGGAGCAGAGGCUACCGGACAAGGCGCUAAUGGUGCUAAGGGGUCUGAUGACCUAUCACCGAAAGCGGUGGGCAUUAUUGUUGGCUCCGUAUUUGGAUCCAUGGCCAUCAUUUUGUUAGGGGCGGUUGCAUUCUUCUACGGGCGGAGGCAAGAGAGAGAAAAGCGAGCCGCCCGAAAUGGGACUAGCUGGAAGAUGCCAUCCGAAACACCGGGUUCGUGGGAUAGAGACUCCAUUGUCUCCGUAGCGGGCUCGAAACGAGGCUAUUCGAGCCCUUACAGGACCAGUCCGAUCGAGUUAUCCCCUAUGCCAAGGGGACGGCGGUGA